AUGAGCUUCGAGGGCGCUCGAGAGGCGUGUGACUGCACGUCCGACGGCAGCUGGGAGUCCGAGAUCACCUUCUCCUCGUACCUUGAGGAUGAGUGCAACGGCGCCGCUCAUGGCGCAGUCUCGGACGAGCCGUCCACGCGAAUUCACGACUAUCCCUACUUGAACCAGACGCGUGCCGCCAGUGAGCUGGGCAGUCUCUGUGGAGCUCCAGUUCGUGUUGUUGGACGCCGUCUAGCUGAUCUCAGUACUUCUUCGCCCGCGUCGAGCGGGGCACUUGGCAAUUUUGAUGCGAAAUCGUACGAUGAUAUCCUCUCACCACUGACCGCAGGGAACGGACGGCGCGACCUGCUGCCGUUGCCCUGCGUCGAUCUGACGAUCGAGGAGUUGAGCAUGAACGGCGUUGUGUUCGGCGAAUCGAAGCCAGUUGAUCCCUCCUUCGAGGGCGACCUGAACGGCUGGCUGAAGCUCACCGUCCUGAGCCUGAACUUCCAGUACGCGCUGGGGGGCAAGCACCCGGGUCCCAAGAUGGCCCCCUGGAAGGUGAGGCACGGGCCCGCCAGCGCGGUGCAGCUGAAGGCCUUGAGGUUGCUGGCCAGGAGUGUGGGCACGUUUUUGUGCCAGUACGAGGGCUCCGUGGCGAACCUCGACUGGACCCAGGAGCUGAAGUCGUCGGCAGUGAGCUACACGGGCAUGGAGGUGUGCCCAGCCGAGCAGCUGGACCGCGAGCGCCUCCUGCUCGCCCUGCCGCCGAAGGAGGCUUGCGGCUCGGUGCUGGCGACCGAGGUGAGCGAAGGAUGGAUAAGGAGCGUGCUGGAGCACCCGGAGUGGGUGAUGAAGAGCCCCGCGGAGCUGGGCGAGAUGCCCAAGACCCCGCGCGUCUGGGCCGAGGACGACGAGUGGGAGCUCAUCGCGGCCGAGCUCGUGAACAGGGGCAUCCUCGUCCCGAUCGAGGCCGACGAGAUCGUGAAGGUCAAGGGCCGUCGCGUGCUGGGCGGCCUCUUUGGUGUACGAAAGUCUGGACACGCCAAAGGCUCGGGGCCGCAGCGGCUGGUGAUGAACAUCAUCCCGAGCAACUGGAUGCAGGAGACGGUCCAGGGGGACAUGAGUCUCCCCCCGACGACAGACAAGUGGAAGAGCAUCAUCUUGAGGAGCGGCGAGGUGAUGAUGAGCUCGUCGGAGGACCUCAAGUGCUGCUUCUACGUGUACCGGUUACCCGCGGUGUGGCACAAGUACAUGGCGCUCUCCAAGAAGGUGACGAAGAUGAUGCCGAGGAGCGAGGCCAUCGCGAACUACGAGAGUCACCUGCGCGACUCGCCUGAUCUGCUGGCCUGCUUGCCCGAGCUCUCGGGCUGUCGCCUCCUGUGCCACUGCAGGCGAGGGCAGCGCUGCCACGGGGACGUGCUGGUCAAGGUGUGGUCGGAGACGGUGCCGAAGGCGACGGGCGGAGUAGACGCGCUCAUGCCGGAGGGUGCUGGUACGGCUUGCUGGGUAGUGUGGCAGGUGUACAUCGACAACCUUGACGUGCUGGAGGUUACCGACGAGGUCUCCGCGGCGGCGCUGAAGGCACAGGGCCCCCCCGAGGUGGUGCAGCUGGCUUGCGAGAGGUACGCGCAGCGGGGCGUGCCCAGGAGCGAGGACAAGGCAGUGUGCCGCGAGCCUGUCAGUCAAGCCUUGGGCGAGCUCAUUGACGGCACGAGGGGCGUGAUCAGCCCGCCCCUGGAGUUCGUGUACCGCCUGCUGGGCCUCACCUUCGCCACGCUAGAUCGGAGUGUGCUGACUCAGACUUGGCUGCAGGUGGUGGCGGGCCGCUGGGCGCGAGCGAUGAUGUUCAGGCGUGAGACGAUGUCCGUGUUCGACGACCUGUGGGCGUGCCGUGGUAGUCGCUGGAGCAGCGAGCGGGGCGGCAUGGGCCAGACGGGCUUCUUACUAUUCCGCACUGCUCCCAACCAUCGGCUGCAGGACGAGGGCGUGCUGCUGUCGCUCUUCGACGGGAUCGGAGGUGGAAGGCGUGCCCUCGACAUGCUGGGGCUGAGCGUGGCCGCGUACGCCGCGUCGGAGACGGACCCAGAGGCCUGCCGCGCGGUGAAGUACGCGUGGCCGGACGUGGUGGAGCUGGGCGACGUCGCAAAGCUGAGCGCGCAGGACAUCGCCAAGGUCCGGGACAGGGCCCCGCACGUGCGCUGGGUUCUCCUGUUUGCUGGAGCUCCCUGCGUGGACCUCACCAGGCUGAGCGUCGACAGGCAAGGGCUGUCAGGAGCGAGGUCGGGCCUCUUCUACGAGAUCAAGCGGGUGAAGUCGCUGGUGAAGGAGGUGUUCUCCGUGGAGGUCGAGGUGUUCGACUUGAUCGAGAAUGUGUCCUCCAUGACGGCCGAGGAUCGCGACACGAUGUCAGAGCACAUGGGGCUGGCCCCGGUGAUGAUCGACGCCGCCGACAUCUCACACGUUCGCCGAGAGAGGCUCUACUGGUGUGACACCGACCUCAUGACGCCGUGGCAGGGCGAAGUCAGUGUGAAGAGUGAGGUGGUGAAAGUGACGAUCCCAGGAGGUCCAGGCCCGCUGGGCCGCUGGCUGCGCCCUGGGCGAGAGUGGUCAGGAGCCGAGGUUCCUGAGCAGCGUCUGCCCACCUUCGUGAGGUGCAUCCCGCGCGGGCGUGCCGGCGACAAGCCGAAAGGCCUGCACCAGUGCAGCGAGGCCGAGCUGGAGCGUUGGCGGAGGCACGACUUCUGCUACGCGCCGUACCAGUUUCGAGAUCCUCACUGUCUUCGAUGGCAAGGAGGUGCGCUGGAGCCUGCGGACUCCUUUGAGAGAGAGAUGUUGAUGGACUUUCCACCUGGGCACACGGCGACAGCGCGGGCCACACGAUUCCGCAAGCUGGCUGAGCUCGAGGUGGUACGAUGCGCCCUGCUGGGCAACUCGUUCCAGUGCGGCGUGGUGGCCUGGAUAGUGGCGCACUGGGCUCACCGACACGGCUACCUGGACACGGUCCCCACGAUAACGGAGGCGCGCGCGGUCGGAGGCGCCUUCGACGCUGCCGAGGGCCUGGUGCAGGUGGCCAAGGAGGGCGACGACAGCGGGGUCGUGAUCAGGGACCGUGGCCUCGAAGAGGCCGAGGCGCAGGCGGACCCAAGCAUUCAGAUCGUGGAGGAGCUGAUCCGGCGAGCUGAGGUGAGGGGCUCGGACGUGCGCCUCGACACGCUGGAGGUCAUGCGCCCUGACUUGUAG